CUAUGCUCCUUGCAAGGAGUGAGAGAGUGCGGCUACACCGUCACGGUACACCUGCUAGCUGGGCAAUCGCUGGACAUGCAAUCUGCACAUCUUCAGCUCUUCACGGUGCAGCUUCUGCAAGGCUUCUUUUAUCCAAGGCUCUGCCUCGGUGCAGCAACGUCCCGUGCACCAUUGUUGGUGGCAAAUGCGGUGCAGCUCGGUGCUGGGAUUCGGUUGCACCUUUCACUUGCAUAGCGAGAGCAUUCCGCCCCCAAGCAAAGCGCCGAGUCCACCCCCAAAAUACCAAAGCGGGGCAGCGGGAAGUUGCCAGCUUCAGAGGGCAGUCUACUCUGUUCUCAAGGCAGCAUUCCAAGAGCCAAUAGUCCAAGUCUGAAUGUCAGCUGGAUCAGCAGAUCGUCUCUUUGAAGAUCUGGACUUUUUCAAGUAGCUUCAGCAUGAGCAUCCGUUGGAGGGGCAUUUGAGUUGUGAACAAAAUGUGAAAGCCACACUGAUGGCCUCCAAGUGAUAGUUGUGCACCUGCCACACAGAGUCUGAAAUAUCAACCGCCAAGCUGUUUCAACGAGACCUUUCGACAAGUGCUGUGGGGAAUCCAACUUCUUUUGAAAGCUGGUUUUCAAUGAGUUCAACAAACAGUGGAGGGAAGGCAAAAGUGCAAAACAGUUAGAUCUUUAUGGAUUUCAACUGAUUUGAAGGCUUGCAAGACCAACUCAAUUGCAUAUCAACACGGAGUGGUGGCAUCCCAUGCUCCCAUCCUCCAGUGCAAUGAGCCGCCCGCUCAAUGAGUGUAGUCAUCCAAGCAACUAUAGGUGGCGCCUUCUGACAGCAUGAGAGGACACCUUGAUUGGCAGUCUUUGAAACCCACUGAGAAGCCUAUCGAGGAGUAGACAGUUGUGGCUGCCUCUGAGUUUGAGUAACAAUGGGGUGGUUGCAAGAGGUCUGGGAGGACAAGUGGCUCGGCCUGGUUGUAGGGAUGUGGAUACAGGCAUGUGGUGGCAUAUCUUAUGUCUUCUCUUUGUACUCUGGGAGUAUAAAGCACAAGCUGCAUUACAAUCAAGAGGAGAUUGAUGGACUGGGGACAGCCAAAGACAUUGGGGGUAACGUUGGCCUUCUUAGUGGAGUUUUGUACAACCUUCUACCACCAUGGGCAAUCAUUCUGAUAGGUGCCGUCUUGAAUACAUUCGGGUAUUCAAUGUUGUGGCUCAGCGUAACCAAAAAGAUAGCUCCGACCUACUGGCAGAUGUGUACAUAUAUUUGUGUGGGAACGAAUGGUUCGACGUGGUUUAACACAGCCGUUCUUGUGACCUGUAUGAAAAACUUUCCUACGGAUCGAGGGGUCGUGGUGGGACUCCUGGUAGGAGUAAUAGGACUCAGCGGGGCCGUGUUCACGCAGUUUUACCUGGCUCUCUACGCCCCUGUCGAGGAAUCGUUUUUGUUCCUUGCCGCCAUUCUUCCAUCCUUAGUCGCCCUCUCAGUCAUGUUCUUGGUUCGACCAGUGGAAGCUGCGAAAGGAAGAGAAGAGGGAGACCGUCGAAGCUUCAUGCUGUCGUAUGGCCUUGGUUUCUUCUUAGCCGCAUAUCUUCUGGUAGUCAUUCUGGUACAAGAUUGGUUCGAAGUAACCGCACGGACCAGCUUCUGGUUCAUGCUGGCGAUGCUGGUGCUCCUAGUGGCUCCACUGGCCAUACCCCUCCUGUCGGUACUCGGGAACCGCCCCAUUGAACGGUCCCUGUCGCCCACCAAACCUGGCGCCGAGUCCAGCCCCUCCACCCCGAUUUUCAAGGCCACCACGUUCCGCGAGAGUCCCUCGAGCGAUCUAGCGAUCACCAUCCAGAAUAAAGAUGUGUUAGAAACCCCGUCAAAGCUGAAAGCGCCCCCACGGAUAGGUCAAGACUUCACGCUUCUACAAGCCUGCAAAACGGAAGAGUAUUGGUUACUCUUCAUCGCCAUGGGUUGCGGGACCGGGUCAGGCCUAUGCGCCAUCAAUAACCUGGCCCAGAUGGCGGAGGCGCUGGGCUCCGACAGCGUGGACGCCUUCGUGUCGUUAGUUAGCGUGUGGAACUUCCUGGGGAGAAUGGGGGCAGGGUACAUUUCGGAACAGUACGUGAAGCACCGGGCAGUCCCCCGGCCGCUGUUUCUGAUGGUGGUCUUGGUGGCUAUGGCUGUGGCGCACCUGCUAUUUGCGUCCUCUCAGAUCCCCAUGCUUUACCUGGGCUCCGUUGUGGUUGGCCUCUCGCACGGCGCGCACUGGUCCAUCAUGGUUGCGACGGCGUCGGAGCUGUUCGGGUUGGAGCACUUCGGGGGCAUCUACAACACGCUCAGCAUCUCGUCCACCAUCGGUUCGUACCUGUGCUCCGUCAAGCUCGCGGGCUACUUCUACGACAAGGAGAUUGCGAAGUCGCAAAAGACGCUCACCAGGAUGAUCGCGCGCGGGUUCUAUGGGCGCACGCACGUCGACGACCAGACGUGCAUUGGGCCCGACUGCUUCCGCAUGACGUUUUUCAUUAUGGCAGGCAUCUGCGGCGUGGGCGUGCUGCUGUGCCUGCGGCUCGUGCGGCUGACGCGGCAGGUUUACUGGGACAUGCACAAGCAGCACCGGCAAAGGAGCGACGUGCGGGUAGACUAGCAGGCCCAGGCUCUGCAAAAAGGCUCCGUGUCCCGGAUCUAGUGUUCUCAUCAGCGCACCUGGUUUGACUUUGAUUAUCGACCGACUGUGCUGGAUGGUCAUCAAGGCGCUGCUCGAGAGCAGGUCAAGUAGGGAGCGAUGUGUCGCUCAUCGGGUGAGAGGAUGGCAACAGGUCACAGCAAAAUGUGCAAUUUCCAGCGCAUGGGGACACGCUCAAGUUUACGAAGCGUACUCACCGUACUCAGGGAAGCGGCACGGCUUUUGCAAGUCGCAAGUGUUACAAAAGAAGACCAGAAGACGUGCUUUGACUUGGAGGACAGCACGAGCCGCGUCAAAAUCAACACCUUGUCGAAACCUUCACAGAGCAACGAGAUCUCGAAACGGAUAACGGGGUCUCUCGGGUGUGUUGUCCUUGAGUCUGCUUUUUGCUCCGCCCUUGUUUCAAUGUAUUUGCGGGCACUGGCAGUCUCGGACGGAGUCCUCUUGCAGCAAAU